AUGUCGCGAGAGAGUGCCGUCGAAUUACACGCUUUGCGGGAUAGGGCCAGUAAAUCUGUCGCCGCAUUAAAAUCGUUGGGUCGAUCAGACGCGGAGCUAUUGAGUGAUAUACUGAAUUAUUUCGUAACUUUAAAACUCGACGCGUCCACCCGUCGCGCAUGGAAGUUAAAAUGUUGCAGUGACGAUAAUCCUCCGAAUUACGAAGCCUUGAAAGAGUUCAUUUCCUCACGCGCACUCGCUCUCGAAGAAUUAGAUCCCGCGCCUCUGAAAGCGCACCGUCAAGUGCGAUCAAACAAUGCGACCGCUACCGAGAAUUACAAGCGCUGUGUUCUCUGCAAAGAAUCCCACGCGUUGUAUCAAUGCGACCAAUUUCUAAAAAAGAACCAGAGCCAACGUCGAGAAUAUAUCAAACAGUUAAAUCGUUGUUUUAAUUGCCUCGGUACGAAGCAUUCUGCUCCGGAUUGCCCAAGCAAAUUCUCAUGUCGGGUGUGUCAGAAGCGGCAUCAUUCUCUCCUUCACAUUGACUCUGGUUCUCCAAGAAAUAGCGCAAGCCACGUCUCAAGCGUAAGUCAAGCCGUCAGCGAAGAGUCGACUCCAGAAACGGGCAGCGAAGCGCCGUCCUCUGUUGUCGCGAUGUCAGCCGUCUCCGCGAGCGCCGUUCCGUCCCCCGUAUUGCUCGCUACCGCGCGCGUGAUACUCAAGUCGCCGACGGGGCGCGAACUAGCCGUCAGGGCGCUCCUGGACCAAGGUUCGGAGGUGACAUUUGUCACUCACAAAAUUACACAGAUUUUGAGACUGCCUCGGAGACGAACGUUAACUACGAUCUUCGCGAUCGGGGGUUCGAGCGUCGGUACGUGUCGCUAUGCUACAGACAUAAAAUUCCAUUCUCGCGACCGAUUGAGUCCGACGUUCUCGACGGUAGCCUUUAUUAUGCCAUCGCUCACUAAAUACAAUCCUCCACGGUUGACCGGUAUCUCGAACUGGGCACAUUUACAAAACUUACAACAUGCCGACGACAACCCUACCGGAUCCGAGCCAAUUGAACUCAUCAUCGGAGCCGACCUUUACGGCUUUGUGAUUUUAAGCGGUGUACGAAAGGGAGCGGCUGAUCAGCCGAUCGCGCAAAACUCCCACCUCGGGUGGAUAAUUUCCGGGCCGAUGUCCGCACAGACCGCCCCCGCGCAGCAUAUUCGUGCCUUUCACUGCGCCCUCGAGGACGCACUCAAAAAAUUUUGGGAGAUAGAGGAAAUCCCACCGCGCAGAAUUCUUUCGCCAGACGAUCAACGAGCGGAGGAUCACUUUCAAGCCACUCAUUCGCGCGCUCCCGACGGGAGAUACAUUGUUCGCUUGCCCUUUAAGACAGGGCCUCCUAUCGAGAUUGGCGAAUCGCGCGCAAUCGCAGUAAGAAAGCUCGCCGCCUUACAGCGGCGAUUAAGCAUCAACUCCGAGUUAAAAUUAGAGUACGCUGAAUUCCUUCGCGAAUACGAACAGUUGAAUCACAUGCAAGCGGUUUCGUCUCCAACGUCCGCGGACGCUGCUCCGUUCCUCGCGCUUCGCGUGUUAAAACAACUUAUUGGCGACGAAGGCGGUUCGUUCCCACUCGCUGCUCCAAUUUUGCAAUAUGACGUUUACGUCGAUGACGUCCUUUUCGGAGCCGAGGAUGUUCCUCUGUUGCGUCGCUCGCGUGAACAGGUGUGCGCCCUUUUCGCAAAAGGCGGAUUCACCCUUCGCAAGUGGGCGAGUAACCGAUCGAGCCUGCUCGCGGACAUCUCCGAGGAAGAUCACGGCCUCGCUUGUAAUCGAGAACUCAAGCUCGACGACAAUCUCAACAUUCUCGGUAUUUCUUGGGCCCCCGCGCUCAAUUCGUUUCAAUUCCGCGUAUCACCGCUCGAAGCUACGCCACGCACGAAGCGUACAAUUCUCUCCGCAAUCGCAAAACUAUUUGACCCACUCGGUUGGGUCACUCCCGUGACGAUAACCGCAAAAAUAUUCAUGAAAUCAUUGUGGCGACUUCAAAUUCAAUGGGACGACACUGUUCCUGUACUUGCUCUGAAUAAAUGGGAAAACAUUUACCGAAAUCUCUCACAUUUGAAUGGGUUACAAAUCGAUCGAUGGACCGGUCGCGGCGCGGAUACGGCAGAAUUUCAACUUCACGGAUUCGCCGACGCAUCAACAGUAGCAUACGCUGCCGUCGUCUAUUCGCGAGUAGUGUCGAUCGCUGGUGAAAUUACUGUACGGCUACUUAUAGCCAAAUCAAAGGUAGCGCCUCUCAAAACUGUCAGCGUCCCGAGACUCGAAUUAUCCGCAGCCACGCUGCUCACCCGCAUCUUGGAGUUUAUUCAAGAAUCCUUACACAUUCCGUCAGUGAAAUCCUACUGCUGGACAGAUUCGACUGUUGCUCUGGCAUGGAUUCAAUCUCACCCGUCUAAAUGGAAAACAUUCGUUUCCAAUCGAGUCGCGGAGAUUCAAACUCGAGCUCAAAACGCGCAAUGGCGAUACGUGUCGACGCACGAAAACCCCGCGGACUGCGCUUCCCGCGGACUGCUCGGACACGAGUUGCCAUCCUUUGGAUUGUGGUGGCAAGGACUUUCCUGGUUACACUUAAAUCCCGACGACUGGCCCUCUCAAAGUCCAGAACCCAUAACGCAUGUUAGCGACGAGGCAAAACCAACCACUUCACAUUGUGCAAAAUUGAACGAAACAUGGGAGUUAGCUUCACGUUAUUCCAGCUGGACAAAACUCUUACGAGUGACCGCUUAUAUACAACGAUUUGUUAACAAUUGCCGCAAACACGAUAAGCAGUUCAACAUCUAUCCAGCGCGCUCGAAAGCUCUCACGUCAAUCGAAAUCACGCAUGCUCAAAGAUUCUGGAUUCAGCAAAUUCAAGCCGAUCGUUUCGCACUUGAAAUAGCCAAAUUAAAACUCGGUCAAGCUCCCGCGGCUAAGAGCGAAAUCAGCUCACUAAGUCCGUUCCUCGACAGCGACUCCGUCAUUCGCGUCGGCAGGCGGCUACUGCACGCUCCCGUAGCCUAUGAGAAAAAACAUCCCGCGCUACUGGGCGCGCAUCUCGUCGUGGAUUUAAUCGUUCGAUACACGCAUUUAAAACACUGUCACGCAGGUCUGCAACUAACGUUAGCUGCGCUACGCCAAGAGUACUGGAUACUCCGAGCCCGACAGAUAGUUAAACGUAUCAUUUUUCAGUGCGCUACAUGCACCCGGGAGAGAGCUGCGGUACCUGAGCAGUUAAUGGGACAGUUGCCGGCCGCACGAGUCUCGGCUCUCCCUCGGGCAUUUUCCCAUUGCGGCCUUGAUUACGCCGGGCCAAUCGCCAUUCGGACUUCCUCCGGCCGAGGGCACAAGUCACAUAAAGGUUACAUAUCAUUAUUCGUCUGCCUCGCCUCUCGAGCAAUACAUCUUGAGUUGGUUACGAGCUACUCCACCUCCUCAUUCCUAGACGCGUUUUCGCGAUUCUGCGCCCGUCGUGGAUUGCCGUCCGUAGUCUAUUCCGAUAAUGGCACUACUUUUACCGGAGCCGACCGGGAGUUGCAACAAGCAUAUAAUCACGCGAUAAGAAAUCCAGACUUUCUUAACCAAACGGCCGCCGAUAAAAUCAAAUGGGAAUUCAUCCCCCCUCAUGCUCCGCAUUUCGGGGGGCUUUGGGAAGCCGGAGUGCGAAGCGUAAAAUAUCAUUUGCGCCGCGUUCUCGGAGCGCACACGCUUACAUUCGAAGAGCUGUCGACGUUCUUAUGUCGGAUAGAAGCUUGCUUAAAUUCGCGACCAAUCGGUCCUCUGACCGACACAAUUGACGAUUUCGCCCCCCUCACUCCGGGUCAUCUGCUCAUCGGUUCCGCGAUCACCGUCAAUCCCGAGCCGUCUGUUCUUGCAGUCGCAGAAAAUCGGUUGUCUCGAUGGCAGCUCGUGCGUCAGAUCGCGGAGAGAUUUUGGCGACUUUGGCAGUCCGACUAUAUAAAUACGUUACAACAGCGAGGAAAGUGGCGAACGGAACGCGAAUCAAUCAAGGUCGGCACAAUGGUACUUUUAAGAAACGCGCUACUACCUCCCUGUAAAUGGGAAUUGGGUAGAGUAACAAAGAUCUUUAAAGGUCCUGACGGUUUGGUUCGCGUCGUGUCUGUGCGAACCGCACAAUCUGAAUUCAAGCGCCCGAUAGUGAAGUUGUGCGUCCUUCCUAUCGAAACAUGCGACCCAGCAUGCGAAGACUCUGAGCUCCGCCGCGACGAGCAAACGAGCGACGUGAAAACUCCGCCAGUACAAUAA